CUGUCUAAUUUGGUGGCAGACUCGAGAAAGUUUUUUUUUUUUUCUGCGAGUGAUAUUACAAUUCCUCUUCUUUACCCCUUCCACCUCCUCACAUCAUCAUGGCACCAUUCGCAAAGCCGGAAUCCGUGCUUCGCAGAGCCGAUGAGCUCAUCGCUGUCGGUCAGAAUGCCGCAGCCCUCGAGGCCCUCCAUGACGUGAUCAUCUCAAAGAGAUCCCGCAGUGUCCCCCUGGCAUCCCUGGAGCCAAUCAUGCUCAAGUUCGUUGAGCUCUGCGUCUCGCUCCGUAAGGGCAAGAUCGCCAAGGAGGGUCUCCAUCAGUACAAGAACAUUUCCCAGAACACCAGUAUCGCCACUAUUGAGCUGGUCAUCAGAAAGUUCAUCCAGCUCUCGGAGGAGAAGGUCCAGGAGGCUCAGGCCAAGGCCGAUCAAAUCACCCUGGACGGCCUGGACGAUCUAGAGGCGACCGAAACCCCCGAGUCGAUCCUCCUCAGCACCGUCUCUGGCGAGCAGAACAAGGACCGCACCGACCGCGCCGUCGUUACCCCCUGGCUCAAGUUCCUCUGGGAGGCCUACAGGACCGUCCUGGACAUUCUCAGGAACAACGCCCGUCUCGAGGCCCUUUACCAGACCACUGCCCAUCAGGCCUUCCAGUUCUGCUUGAAGUACACUCGCAAGACCGAGUUCCGCCGCCUCUGCGACCUCCUCCGUAACCAUUUGCAGAACAUUGCCAAGUACGCCCACCAGCCUCACUCCAUCAACCUGAACGAGCCCGAGUCGCUCCAGCGCCACUUGGACACCCGCUUCCAGCAGCUGAAUGGUGCCGCUGAGCUUGAGCUCUGGCAGGAGGCCUUUCGCUCGGUCGAGGAUAUUCACAACCUGAUGACCAUGUCCAAGAAGAUGCCCAAGCCCUUUAUGAUGGCCAACUACUACGAGAAGCUGACCAAGAUCUUCAUGGUCUCGGACAAUUACCUCUUCCAUGCUGCUGCCUGGAACAAGUACUACACCCUCGUCAAGACCCAGAACAAGUCUGUCACCGAUGAGGAGCAGACCCGCAUGGCCUCCUUGGCCUUGUUGUCCGCCUUGGCCAUCCCUGUCAUUUCUUCCAAGGACAACGGUUAUGAGGUCGACGAAUCCAAGAACAAGUCUCAUCGCCUUGCCGCCCUCUUGGGUCUCAGUCGUUCCCCCAACCGUGCUGGUCUUUUGAAGGAGGCCCUCAGCAAGAACAUUCUCAGGCAUGUUCGCCCUGAGCUCCGCGAGUUGUAUAACAUUCUCGAGGUCCAGUUCCAUCCUCUCUCUAUCUGCAAGAAGAUCGAACCCAUCAUGAACAAGCUGACUGAGGACCCCGAGCUUGUCAAGUACGUCAAGCCUCUCCAUCAGGUCAUUUUGACCCGUCUCUUCCAGCAGCUUUCUCAGGUUUACACCACCGUCAAGUUGGACUUUGUCAUUCAGCUUGCCUCGUUCGCUGCCCCUUUCAACUACGAUUCUGCUACAAUUGAAAAAUUCAUUAUGAAGGGAUGCAAGAAGGGCGAACUCUCGAUCCGUAUUGACCACGCCACCCAGUCUUUGACCUUCGAGACCGAUUUGUUUGCUUCCGACAGCAAGACUGUGACUGACGGACCCGUCUUGCAGUCCUUGCCCUCUGAUCUCAUGAGGACUCAGCUCACCCGCCUUGCCACCUGCCUUAACACCACUGUCUCUAUGAUCUCACCCGACGUUGUCGAAGCGAAGAAGGAGGCCAAGAAGGCUGCUUUCGUCAAGGCUUUGGCCAGUAUGAAGGAGGAGCACAAGCUUGCCCUUGAACGCAAGGCCAUCAUCGAGCGCAAGAAGGAGUUGAUCGAGACUAUGUUGGCUCGCAAGGAGAAGGAGGAGGCCCGCGAGAAGGCCCUCCGUCUCCAGGCUGAGCAGGAGGCUCUCAAGAUCCGCCUGGCAGAGGAACGUCGCAAGCGCGAGGAGGAGCGUAUCCGUGCUGAGCAGGAGGCUAUUCGCAAGAACGAGUCACUCAAGUUGGCCGAAUCCCUCAAGAACAAGGCCGGUGUCGAUCUCAACGACGAGGAUCUCGAGAACUUGGAUAAGGACAAGUUGGUUGCUAUCCAGAUCAAACAGCUGGAGAAGGAGAAGAGUGAGAUGGCUGCACGUACCAAGGCCAUUGGCAAGCGUCUGGAUCAUGUCGAGCGUGCCAUGCGUCUGGAAGAGCGUCCCCUCUUGGCCAAGGAUUACGAGCGUCAGCAGAGAGCGGACCGCGUUUAUCAUGAUGCUGCUGUCAAGGCUCAACGCGAGGCUGCUGCUACCAAGCACGCCCAUGAGUUGGAGCUCAAGAAGCGCAUGGUCAAGAUCCUGGAUGAUUACCGCCAAGUCCGUCACGAUAUGGAGGAGAAGCGUCAGGAAGAAUUUGCUCAGAAGCGCGAGGCUGCCCGUCUCAAGAUCGAGGAGGAGAAGCAGAGGCGUAUUCUGUGGUUCAGAGAGCAUAAGGCUGAGCUCGAGCGUCGCAAGGCUCAAGAGGAAGAGGAGAGGAUCGAGCGUGAGGCUGAGGCUGCUCGUCGUGCUGCCGAGGAGGAAAAGAGACGCGUUGAGCGUGAGGCCCAGGCUGCCAAGGAGAAGGAGGAGUACGAGGAGAGGAGACUCCAGUUGGAUGCUAUCGCUGCCAAGCAACGCGAGAAGGAAGCUCAGAUCGAGGCCCGUCUCAGCGGCGCAAGAGCCGGAUCGGCCGCACCUGUCGUACCUCCCAAGCUUGUACCAUCACCAUCUGGAGGGGAGAAGCCCAACUGGAGAGAGCGCUUGGCUGCCAAGGAAGCUGCAGCUGCAGCUGGUGAGAUCCCUGCCCCCGCUCCCUCGACCAGUGCCUACCGUCCCCCUGGUGCUCGUGGAUCGGAGCCACCCCGUCGCGAUUCACCUCGCGAUUUUGGACGCGACUCUCCUCGUGAUUCACCUCGCGAUUCACCUCGCAGUUUUGGACGUGAAUCUCCCCGCGAGGCUCCUCGCGAGGCUCCUCGCUCGGAAGAGCCGUCAACUGUCCGUCCCCCAUUGUUCGGUAAGGCUGGCGGUGGAUGGAGAGAGCGUGAGGCCAAGAAAAAUGAACAGAACCAGUAAUCAGCGGUCAAAGAUGUGUUCACUGUCCUAUCACCACAUUACUACAAUAAAAUGACCAACCUACAAACACUUGGAUUAUGCAGAAGAUAUGGUGUUGGGCGAAGUCAAAU